AUGGUGCGGCCUUCGGUUCUUAUUUUGUUAAUUGCACUUGUCCCUGGAGCCUUCUCUUCGUCGGUGGAUGAGUGGAUAGCUGAAAUAUUUAUUCCGCAGCGCGCCAUAGCAGGCAUCUUUGAGAGUACGCCAAUUGGGCUACGCUAUAACCGGGGUUUUCCUCGCGGCAUCUGGGGGACCAAUCUAGCACCGGAUCUGGGAGCCUAUGACGAAGGGCAUAAUGAGUUUCUUGUUCAGGGAUUUUUCUGGAAUAAAGUAAAAUUGUGGCUGGCUAACGAACCGAAUAGGUUUGACGCCCAGGCCGUCUACGAUGCCUUCCGCCGGCAUGUUUUCGAUUACAUGUGCGAGGGUGGAACAUGGGGAUGCUGUGUGGCGGGCAUUCGCGAUCUCACCUGCAGGUACCCCCCGAAGUCCAUGCAGGACGUCAUCUUCGUGCUGCUGGACCCCAAAGAGAACAUGCCUGUGCUCUUUCUAUUUUGGUGGUGCAUGCAUUCGUGGAUGGAGUACUACAGCCUCGAUCUUAAAAGGGACGCCAACACGGCAAUGCAACUGAGGCGCAAUCUGCGUCAAUUCUGUCCGUCACCUUGCCUUGCAAAGCCUUGUCGUCGCAUUCCUGGGGUUUUAAUGCCCAAUAAGUGCAAAGCCAUCGGACCGUUUGAGGACGACUACGAGUGCACCUGUCGGAAGGAGUUUGUUUGGGACCGUGGUACGAAGACCUGUACAGCCAUUAACCCUUGUUUCGCUCGGGCUUACGCUCCCUGCUACGCUCCGGGAACCCUGACCUGCCUAGCACUGGAUAUGCAGGGCCCUAAAUGCAUUUGCAAACCGGAAUAUAUGGGCAAGGAUUGUGCUCAGUUGAGAAAUGCCUGCUUACAUCGUUUUAAUGAAUCGGAACCAAACGGCAACAGCAACUGCGGCGUCGCACGUGGAAACUUGUGUAAUCCAGUUCUUGGGACCGAUUUAUACAAGUGCACAUGCACCACGGGAUGGAUGCCAUCGCUUAGUCUUCCUUAUGAUAAUUGCGCCAUUCUGAACGAUCCAUGUGCGGCUGGGGAGGGUGAGGAAGAGAAAGCAAACGAGGAUAAACCAAGAGUUACUUCUAGCGUUAAAUGUCAAAAUGGAGGUUAUUGUAUCAGCUCGCCUGAUUACAGCACAGCAGCCUGCCUCUGUCCCACAACCACAUGGGGAGACCAAACGCACAUGGGUGACCGUGUAACCAGUGUGAUGGUGCUUUUCGACGGUCUAGCUCAUCCGAAUUCAUCAAAGGGCAAGCAUAAACUUACGUCGGAGAACAAGGACAUUUUACCGUGCAGCGAAACGCUACCUUGUAAGACGUUACGUUUGACUGGGAAGUUUCGCCACGAAAUUUUUGAUUUUCGUCGUCUUUACGUGUUCCUGUUGAUUGUAGGGAGUGAGGUGAGUUGA